AUGGUCCAGCAAGUAGCACGCUCUGCGACGCACCGCAGCCAGGCCGACGACAUGCAGCACCGCACGCGCAAGGAGAGGAAGUUCCUCGACACCGAGGCGCACCUCCCCAAGGCCACCCAGCGCAACAUUCUCCAGGUUCUCAACCCCAUGGCCAAGUCGGGCGGUCUGGGCAACAAGAUCCCCGAUAUCCUCUCGUACUUUGGCUCCCGAAAUCCUCUCCCCUUAUCCAUCACCAAGAAGGACUGCGUCUGGCUUCUGGACAACAUUGCAUACAAGUCGCCGUCGACGGGCGAGUGGGAGGCCGAGUUUGUCGCAUGCGCCUUCUCGCAAGAGUCGUCAUGCGACGUGCUCGAGGCUGUCACCAAGGUGGCCAAUAAGAUUGACCUCAAGGAUGACGACCCGGCAUUCGAUACGAUUGGCGAGAGGAUACAGCCGUUCCUGCAAGACAUCCUUCCGGGAAGGCAGGUCAGAGCUCUGCAUGGCGGCUCGACCAAGCUUGUUUUUAGCCCCGGCGGUCGCAACGGGAUUAGUAGUGACGUCCGGCGCUUGCCGCACUCCCCCGCCGGCAUGGUGGUGCCCACUACCGCCGAGGUGCCCAAGGGGACGACCGGCGAGGUCCAGAUGAAGACCUUUUUCGCCGAGCCUGAAGGUUGGGCUGUCAUCUCAGACAUUGAUGACACCAUCAAGAUCACCCAGACCAGCGACCCCAUCGGCAUUCUCCGCACGACCUUUACCGAAGCGCCGACGCCGACCAAGGGUCUACCAGAGCUCUACGCUUUCAUCCAGACCUUGAUCACCAACACCUCGCCAUUCUUCUACCUGUCAGCUUCACCGUACAAUCUGUAUCCCUUUCUGCGUAACUUCCGCGACCAACACUAUCCCCACGGCCAGCUCAUCCUCCGCGAUGCCAGCUGGAUGAGUGUUCCUGGCCUGCUGUCCAAUCUGACCUUGGGCACGCAAGAGUACAAGGUCAGCCGGAUGCAGAAGAUACACGAGUGGCUGCCGAGCCGCAAGAUGAUCCUGAUCGGCGACAGCACCCAGAGCGACCCGGAGUCGUAUGGGGACAUCUAUCGGGAAUUCCCCGGGUGGGUCAAGAUCAUCCUCAUCCGCAAGGUCACCGAUAUUGCUGCUAUUGGCAUCGAGUCCAAGAACGAGCCCAAGCGGUUCGAGAAGGCGUUCAAAGACGUGCCCAAGGGAGUAUGGCACGUCUUUGAGGACCCGGCGGAGUGCAACAAGAUUAUACAGGAUGCAGUUUCAAAGUAG